CUGUCCCUGUCACACAACUCACAGUCCACACUUGUUCUCACUUUUAGCCACAUUUACGGUUCACUGUCGCUGUGUUGUGGAAGAUGAAGAUGUUCAGAACGAUGUACCAGCAGGCGAGGAAGCAUCCCGGGCUCAUCCCUCAGUUCCUCUUCAUGUCUGCGGGAGUGAGCGGAGCUUUUCUCUAUCUGAUCCGACUGGCUCGUGGACCUUACGUCAGCUGGGACAAGAAGAAUAACCCUGAACCGUGGAACAAUCUCGGCCCGACCUAUCAGUACAAGUUGGUGGCCGUCACCACAGACUACGAGAGUCUGAAGAAGGAAGGACCUGACUUUUAAAAGACCUCAGCGGAACUGCAGGCGUGCGCACACACACACACACACACACUUUACUAAAUGCUGUAUCCCCGGAUGCUCCUGCUGCCACUGCAAACAAAUGAUAUCAGUAAUGUUAAUAGCUAGGAACACACACACA